CAAUAAUGAAACUUUAAUAAACAAAACUGGAUGUUGUAAAAAAUCUCUCAAACAAAAAUAAUACAAAAAAUACGAAGUAUCUGUUUAUCAAAACAAACUGAAAACAUCAAGCCGGUCCUAGUUCAAAAAUGGUACCCAGGUGUGAAGGUUAACCUGGAUCAACUGAAUGAUAUACCCAUUUGGAUACAGCUGCCUGACCUAGACAUGAAAUACUGGAGCCUGACUGGUUUAAGCAAGAUUGGAAGCUUGGUGGGUAAACCAAUCAAACGAGACCGCCCUACUGCCAAUAAGACUAAAUAUGCUUAUGCAAGGAUACAGGUGGAAGUUAAAGUCCAACAGGAGUUCCCUAUGAUGGUUAGCUUUAUAGAUGAUGAAGAGAGAGUGAGGAACCAGCAGAUCAGAUAUGAAUGGUACCCUUGUAUGUGCUCUCAGUGUGGGAAAUUGGGACAUGUGCAGGAAUCUUGCAGGAAAAAGGGAAAUAAACCUCAUGAAGUAAGAAGGAAGUUGGUAUGGAAACCCAAACAGGGGGAAGUAGAAAAGGAUCCAGCAUCUGAAAUAGCAAAGGAGCCUGAGACUGAAAUGGAAAACAAAAAGGGAGCACCAGAGAUUGCUCUUGAAGAAGAAUUUAAGGUGGUUACUGGAAAGAAAGCAGGGAAACCUAAGAUGGUGGAAAGUAGUGAAGGGUCUGGAAUAGAAGCCUUAAUGAGGGUUAUGGAAAAUGCCCCAUAUACUGGGCAUUAUCCUUUCCUAACAUGAUUGGGAGCUGGAACAUAAGGGGAUUAAGUAGCCCCUUGAAACAGGAGGAAAUAAAGAGAGUAAUAAAUAAAUAUGGUAUUGGAUG